AGAGCUUGACCUUAUCUCGAAAGGCCGAAAUUCCGCCCUCAUCGCAUUUCUUUCAAAAACAAAAUGGCGAACCACCUCCAAACAUCCCCAAUCCUUCACUCCGAUUCUCUCCCCACCGUUCUCCGGCCAUUUUCCGGCGACCUAAACACAACUCCAACCAAAAUCUCUUUCUCUUUCUCUUUCACAAUCCACGAUUCGCUAAAUUUCAGACCUCGCCGUCGCCAACGCCCUAACGAUUGCGCUGCUCGGCGGAGAGUCCGAUACGAUGAUGAAGAAGAUGAAGAUGAAGAGUAUGGCCACAAUGAACAGAUUUCGCUGCUGGAAUCCUACACUCAGGCCGCCGCCGGCGAGGCGCUGAUCGUUCACGCGGCGCUCGAUGGCGACCUUGUUGAAGUUCUCGUUUUCAAGGGAUUCUCAUCAUGCUUGAGCUAUGCGACUUCAUCUGAUCCAUCCAGAAGUGUUCUUCCAGCAAGAGCAACGAUUCAAUCCAUUGAUAGAAUCAAGGGCCCAUUUGAUCCAUCAAAUAUCGAAUACAUUCAGAAGGGUGUCACUUGGGAAUCAUUCAACUUCCCUACAUAGCUCAAUACCAUACCAUUCGUUCUUACAACCAUCAUUGUGUUAAUUAAUUGAAUAUCAUUUCAUUACUUCAAUUUUAUCAAAUCCUCUCGGCAGGUUUAAAUUUUA